AUGGCAUCUUUCGGGAACCUGGAAAUAAAGCCGUGUAGGCUUGAGGGCGACAGUGGCUGGGAUGGUGAUGACGGGAUGACCAAGGUUCGAACCCUCCGAGGUCACGCAGGACAUGCUAGACCAAGCGAGGGAGCCGUGGUGGCACGCAGAGACGUGCAUUUCAACUCAAGUGGGUUUCGGGGAAUUGCCCAAGAAGCGGAAGCCACCGUGUGUAUGCUCAAGGAUGCCAUCGCCAAGAAGAAGAAGAUGAAAGACGAUGAGGCUUCCUCCAUUGACACCAGCAGCCUGUGGUACGUCAAGCUUCCGGAGGAACUGGCAAAAAAGGCCAAAAGUGGCACCAAGGUGAUGGUCAAGCGUGGUGAGGAGGAGCUCGAGGCGUGCCUGGUGUCCUAUCCAGACAAGGCCAAUACCCGAAACAGCUUGCGCCACCGCAAGAAGGCUCUCUGGGAGCUUUGUCCUUCGCCUGGCCCGAAAGAAAAGAAGGUCCCAGACGAAGACCCAUUUCCCUGCGGGGGCCGCGAAAAGCUGCGUGACGAGAAGUUCAAGUGGAAGCCGGGGGACGCCUUUGAGUUCAUAGGAAGCUGCAGAAGCUCCCUGGCGAUUCGGCACCCGGGCAUGAAGGACUUUGACGAGGACGAGGAUGAGAGGUUUCAGAUGGCGGUGCGCGACAUGACGCGGGAACACCGGAAGAAGCUGGCCGAAGAGGCCAAGGAAGCUGCGGCCAAAGAGGCCGAGAAGGAGGAACCGAAGGAAGAUGAAUGA